GUAAGAGACACAUCCAUUUAGAUUUGUCACAUAGUAGAAGUGCACAGGUAGAUAUAAAAAGCUUGCUCUUACUGAGCUCAGAUGCGUUCUGGAAGGGCCGUGGUGUGGGACAGUUACAAGCCCAUGUCAGAGGACCAUACCAGCGUCUCCAGCAGCGACGACCGCGAGGAUGAUGUCAAAGAUUCCCCUCGCCAUGAUUACCGAUCUGCAUCACUGGAUGAACUGACAAACAUUGGUAUUCCUGUUGGGUUGCCUAUUUUGUCUCCUGGAGACUUAAAGCACAAGAAUUACCUCUUUGGUGGCUUCUCAAGCCUGCUAGGAGCUUCAGAGCUAGAUCGCUACAUCCCUAAGCGCUCCAUCACCAUAUUUAUUGCAACAUGGAAUAUGAAUGGCAAGGAGCCUCCUCAGAACCUUGAGGACUUCUUGUUGCCAGAAGCACUUGAGCAGGUUCCUGAUAUGUAUGUUGUGGGCACUCAGGAGUCUGGAGGCAGUCGAUCAGAGUGGGAGGUGCGGUUACAAGCAGCUAUCGGGCCAUCACAUGUACUCUUCACUUCUGCAAUUUUUGGUGUCUUGCAUCUCGUCAUCUUUCUCAGGAGAGAUUUACUCUGGUUUUGCUCAGUACCUGAAGAAGCAACUUAUAGCCUUCGUCCUGGUGUGGCCUACAAAACAAAGGGAGGUGUUGGCAUUGGUUUUCAGUUCUUUGGGACAAGGUUGUUGUUUAUAAACUCUCAUCUUACAGCACAUGAGGAAAAGCAACAGUAUAGAAUCCAGAAUUUCCGUAAUAUUUGUCAUUCUUUGGAUAUUCCACGUCUGCUGCCACACAAGUUCAAAAAUAAAGAUGUCACCCAUCGUUACGAUUGUGUCUUCUGGCUUGGUGACCUUAACUUCCGUCUGGCAGUCAGUCGAGACCAUGUUUUUGAAAGACUGAAACAACCUGGUCAAGAAGCAUAUGAGCAUUUGCUACAGUGGGAUCAGCUUUCCCAGGCUCAACAAAAAGGUGAAGCAUUCACAGAAUUUAAGGAAGGAACAAUUUCUUUUCCACCAACUUUCAAAUAUGACCCGGGUACUGAUCAUUAUGACACCUCUUCCAAACAACGUGUUCCUUCAUACACUGACAGAAUACUCUUCAAGAGUGGACGUGGCGCUAUCACAUGUUCCAGCUACAAUUAUUGUCCUCUUUUUAGAACAUCAGAUCAUAAGCCAGUGUCAGGGGUUUAUGAAUGCAAAAUUAGACCCGGAAAGGAUGAUGUACCAUUGGCUGCUGGGAUGUUCAACAGGGAUGUGUAUCUGGAAGCACUGAGGCGCAGGAGGAGAUUCCUCUACCAGCCUUCGCUGAAAAAUUGUCCUGUUCAAUAAGUUAGCAUCCUGAGACAGAAUAUAAGGAUGGUAUUUGUGUAGAGCAUGGCAGUAGAUCUUUUAGGUGGCUGAGGAGAUGGGUUCAUGUUUACCUCCAAGCAAUGAGAAAUGCAAUCUGUUUUUGUUAGAUAAAUUGCUGUGCAAUAAUAAUUAUUUUGUUAUGUUUUAUUACUGAAAAUGUGAUGGUGCUUUAAGAAGCAUACAUGGUGCAAAUGCAGGAGCUAGUUUAGACAAAUGUUAUAUUUUUUUUCUUUUUAAUGGUUCUGGAAAAGUAGGAAAACAUAAAUUUAAAUGUCAUUGUCACAUAUCUCGGUGCCAAAUUAGAAUCUCCUUAACUUUCAAGGAUAUCAUAAGAGUAAGUUGAGUGCAUUUAAUCAGUGAUUGUUAAGGUAGAUUAAGAAAGGUCAACAGAUCUGUUUUUUGAAUCUCAACUGAUAUUUUCAUAUGUAAUAUUUUCAUGAAAGACUGUUGUAUAGUUAUUGAAUCUUGCCAUCACUUCCUAUUGUGAUAUAUAAGCCUACUUAGAGUGACUUGUUUUCUUGUCUUUGGUGAGCCCAAAAAUAUUUUUCAUAUGUACAGUAGUUGUGUCUUAUUUGGAAAGAGGGUUGAUGUGCCUGUUUUAGUAACUGCACAAUUUGUGAAAUGAAAUGUAUUCAUAGACAUUUAGAACAGUUAAUCAUGCUGUAUGGUUUGUGAUAAAACAUUUGAUGUACAUUAAAGACCUGCAGAUUGGAUUGGAUAUAUUCUAUCUUUAAAGCUCUAUCAAGAUUUAAUGCUUACCGUCCAUAAAAGCAAGGGACAAUUUCUUAAAAAAGAAGGAAAAGAGGUAAAACAGUGGUUGAUAAGGUCAGCAGAGGGGACACAUUCACAUUAGGUCACAUAUCGUCUCAAAUGUGGAAUGUCACUUCAUUGAACUCAUCUGUGAUGAUUGAAGCAUUGUUAGAUAAAGUAAAUAAAGAUAUUAUUUAUAUUUUAUAUUUGUUAUAUAUGAUGUUGGAAGGCUUUAAUGAUGACAAAAAGUGUCCUAAUGCAGUGGCAGAUUCAAAGGGUUUGGUCCUUUUUUUACAUACAUUAGCUUGUGAAUAUUCAGGUAUUGAUUGAGCAACAAAGGUUCUAAAUCAAAAUGUGCGAAUAAUCUAAGGCCUGUGAAUUGCAUGUUAUUAUUGAACUUGUGUUCAUGUUAUCAUGGUAGUUGCCACCCAAUUUGCUGUAAUUUGUUCUACCUCUUCAUUCAAUUUCAUCAUUUAUUUUCCCUGCUGUGUAAGCAAAUGCAAAAUUUAUAUCCAAAACAUCUGUUUAGAGCUCUUUCUCUAAAAGAAAUGUGUUAUAUGUUUCACCUGUUGUGUGUUUAUUAUUUUUCAGUUUGUUUAUGACUAGACAAUUUCUGUACCUGUUCUUUAUAAACAUACACAGUACCUUUUAUGCAUCCCAUGCAAUAUUCCCUGAUAUUUAGAUUGUAUUUUAAGAUAAUAGUUUAUCCUAAAUUUGUUUAUGAUUAAUAGUUGUGAAAAAUAUUUUACUCUGUGGUUUGAAGGUGCAUAACUCCAGUGAAUAUUAACAGAUUUAUUUGGUCUGGAAAAAUGUUUCAGACUUAUUUUAAUAUACAUUGUAAUUUCAAGCAGUUUGCAUAAGUCGUUCCAUUUCUCUUUUUUCCCAUUUUCUGUUUUUCUGUUCACUCUUAUAUUAUUUUAUCUAUAUUCCACUCUGCCCUACUUUGCUCUCCAUUAUCUAGCAAUUUCAUUUUUCUGUUAUUAGUAGUACUUUCAUACACAUUUUAUUUUCUAUCAUUUUAUCGCUAGAAAUGCAGGUAUCCUAUGUUUGUUACAGAAGUUAAAAAUUCAUAGAGAACAAAUAAAGAAAUGGUAGCUUACUUUGUGGUGAAUCAGCAAGACAUCAUGUUGGCAGCUUUUCUUAACUGUGAUCUCAAGUUAUAUGCAGUUAUUAUUAGUAAUAUAUUCAGUCAUAAAUGAAGAGUACACAUGACUCCCUUUUGGUAAUAUAAUUUGAUACUGAUAAUUAAUAUGAAAUAUCAUUACUAGUACCUAGACAAUAGUAAAUUGAUUUUUCUUCUUAGCAAUACAUAUGACAAGGAUACUUGUAUCACAGAUAAAAGUUUUAGUUCACUGAUAAUUUGUAAGUGUAAUUAAUUUCUUUGUUGUGAUUUCUUACAUUUAUUUCUCUCACAAGAUUAAACCUAUCGACAGUAGCAUAUCAGUCCAAUCUAGUCAUCUAGGUUUAUAAAUGUAUUUAUUGACAACUCACUACUUUGUGUUUUUGAACAGGUAAUGUGAGCUGCCAUGAGCAGUGAAAUAUUAUGAAUUUCUCUCAGAACUUCCUAAUACAUAUGUGCAUUAAUCACAUUGCUAUUUGUAGGUGUUUGAAUGAUAAUGUGAAAUUCUUAAGGUUCUGCAUAUUGAAAAGAAAUGUUUGAAAAGUUCAAGAGGCAGCUGUUUUCUUUUAAAUUUGAAAUUUAUCAUUUUUUUUAUCAAAGUUUUAUUCUGAAAGUAAUAUAGGUGCAAUAGUAUGUUAUGUAUGAGUUAGCACUUGGGGUUUUACCUGUAGACAAUAGUGUACUUUGCAUAUUAGCUUGAAAAUGUGAAGGCAUCAAGUACUAGGAAAAAUGCAAAUAUUGGAAAUUCAUCAUUUAACAUUUAGAAGAUAAAUAUUCAGACUUCCUCUUGCAAUAGUAAAGAUUUGGUAAUUAAAGUUAGUGCAGCAAUGAACUAUAUAUUAGCUGGUAUGUAUCAGAUUAUAGUGUUGGGACUGAUGGCAUGGAAUUAGCUCAGUACCUCUAAUAUGCAUUUAAGUAAGUCUGCAAACUUAAGUAAGCAUGCAAACACUGUAUUCCAACCAAGAUUGUUCUUUGUCUUCUAAUAUUAAGGUUAUAGUUCUGCACAACUAAUAGAUGAAAAAAAUUGCUCACACUCCUUCCAACUUUAAUAAGGAUAAUUGUAGUUUUGCUAUCAAGAGUUGUUCAAAGGAUGUUUUAAUAAAUCAUAUAGAUUAUUUUGUUUAAGGUCAAGUUAUUAGCUUAGGAAUUUUGCCAGCCUAAAUUUGCACAGUAGUGUUCACAAGAUAGAUAGAAUGAUUUUUAUGGUUACAUGUUUCUGGUGUUGAGAAUAUUUAACAGUAAGCAGUCUUUUAAGGUAAUACUAUUGCAACCUAUAUUGAAUAUCUAUGAUAGUUCUACUUUAAUGGAGGAAUAGUUGAUGAACUAUGAAGUCGUCAACUUGUAAUUAUGCCUUCCUGCAAAAGAAAGGCAGUGACGAGAUUCAUCAUACAAAAAUGUUUUAUUUUAAUAAAUAAGGUGUUUUACAAAUGUUAUUUUGCCUUAAAAGUAAAUUUGUAUUGUGGAUAUUUUUAUGCCGUAGGCUGUGUUGCAUUAUUUUUUUAAAGCAAGUAAAUAAUUCUGUGAAUCUUGAAAAGUCAGGAAGAGGAUUUCAACAUCAUAUUUUUAAAGGAAUUAGUUAUAAAGCUUUAAAAAUGUUAUAAUCACUGUAAACUCUUCUCUCAUGAAAUCUACUUUUCAAAACCUUGUUUCUGUCAUGGAACAAAUAAAAAGAUGAUAAUUUG